UUUCGCAAAUAUGUUACACACAUUUUGUGAAAAAGGAAAUCAAAAUACAGUCAAUUCUAGUGUGCGUGUGUCACUGAAUUUUUACACCCAAAAAGUGAUCUACCUACCUACAAUUAAAUUAUUAUUAGAAUAAAACCCAAAAUGAGCAGUAACAACCUAAUCAUACGCAGUGUUGGUCAGUGCAAAGCUCCCCUUAGAGAAAUAAAAACACUAGAAGAGCCCCCUUCAAAAUGUCAAAAAAUUAUUCACGGUUACGCUUUGCCUCAAAUCGCGAUUAAAAGUGAAGACAAAACCUGGAACAAGGCUUUCAAUGAGGUUUUACUUGUAAAUGGAUGUUGGGAUACAUCGAAUAAGAUCCCUAAUAUUGUUGCCGAAAUGCACAACAUACAGACCGAAGAAAUUAAAGCACUACAAAAUACCUGUUCGUUCAACGAUUCGCGUGAUUUUCUGAAUCCUAGUCCCCGAGGGUCGGACAGUGGCAUCGAAUCAGAUUGCACCGACGGGAAUCUUUCCUGGCUCCUAAAUUACAAAAUUCACGAACUGCCUCCUGUUCCCGAUGCGUCGACAGAAGCUUUGAAUUACCAUUCUGCUAUAACAGGUAGUCCAGAAGUCAUCAUUCGAAGCACUAGUUCUAGUGAGAUAUUGUCGAGUGAGCUUUCACGGCUAGUUGCUAACAAAACUGCCUCUCUCAGAGACGGAAUCAACGGCAAAGCCCAAUCGUACCGAUAUGCAGGUCCAAAGAAGCCCCCGUUCACCUACACGGAACUGAUCGAGCACGCUUUGAGUGAAAAGGGAGAGUUAACCGUAUCGGGGAUUUACCAGUGGAUUUCGGAACACUUUCCUUUCUACAAACAAAAUGACGAUCGUUGGAAGAAUUCCGUCCGGCACAACCUUUCCAUCAAUCCUCACUUUAGGAAAGGCAGUAAAGCAGUGCAUGGAGCAGGACAUUUAUGGACUAUUGCUCAAAAAGACGACAAAAAAACAUGGCAAAUCAAGAAACAGAGAAUGCAACAAUUCAUUCAGGCGACUUACAAAGAAAAUAAAUCUCCCGAAGAAGAAGCUUUAGAUAUGGAACUGCAAGCAGCAACUGCCAGCAUCUUGGGCGAGACGUUCAACGAGUUUGAACAAAACUUUCAGGACGACGGUAGCGAAAAAAAGCAAAAUAUUGAGGUGGAAUUCAUUAACGUUGUUGAUAUACAAGAUGGAUUGGAAGAUUUCCUUUCUCCUCCAGUGUCCAAACAACAAAUUGUGCAAGAAUGUGGACUGGGAAGUGAUUUUCUCAUCACUGAUUUAAAUCCAAACGCACUUGGAUUGAAUUUAACAGAAGGCGAAGUGAUUAAUGAUGGUAGUUUUUAUGAUGAUAUGUCUUUCGAAUAUUAUGAACUCGAAAAAGAAUAGAGUGAUCUUUUUAAACGAACAUUUGAAUUAGUCUUACGGUCCUACUAGACCAAAUUAAAUAGGAAAGCAAAGUUGGAGAGGUUUUGUAAAGAAAUAGAUACUUACAAGUUUUAAUAAGUGUACUUUGCUGUCUACUUUUUAAAGAAGUAUUGAUGGCUUUUAUCUAGU